AUGUCUGCUUCUCUCCCUGGCAGCCGGGACAUGCCCGCUUCGCAAUAUGACCUGACAACAUACUGGGGUCGCGUGCGCCAUUCCGCAGACAUUGCGGACCCUCGAACUCUGUUUGUUUCCGCGUCCGGUCUUGAGGCCGCUAAGAACCUCAUUUCUUCUUACAAGCAGAAUCACAUCCCGAAUAUGACACCGGAGCUGUGGUCGGCCAAGAAGGUCGUUGAUGCGACGUUGCACCCUGAUACCGGCGAGGUGGUCUUUCUGCCCUUCCGCAUGUCGGCCUACGUGCUCUCCAACUUGGUGGUCACGGCAGGCAUGCUGACCCCGGGAUUGAGUACAAGCGGCACCCUCCUCUGGCAAAUCGGCAACCAGUCCCUCAACGUCGCCAUCAACAAUGCCAACGCCAACAAAUCCACUCCCCUCUCCUUGUCCCAAAUCGGCAAGUCCUACCUCAUGGCCGUCUCAGCGUCCUGCUCCGUCGCCGUAGGCCUGAAUGCUCUCGUCCCCCGCCUGAAGAGUAUCUCCCCCAACACCCGCCUCAUCCUCUCCCGCCUCGUCCCCUUCGCCGCCGUCGCCUCCGCCUCCGCUCUCAACGUCUUCCUCAUGCGCGGCGAGGAAAUCCGCCGCGGAAUCGACAUCUACCCCGUCCUCUCCGAGGCCGAGCGCGCCAAGCGCGAGGCCAACCCAGACGCCGAGCCACUCGAGAGUCUCGGCAAGAGCAAGAAAGCCGCAACCCUCGCCGUAGGCGAAACAGCCAUCUCUCGCGUCUUGAACGCCACGCCCAUCAUGGUCCUGCCGCCUCUUAUCCUCGUUCGUCUGGAGAAGACGAACUGGCUGCGUGCGCGUCCUCGCAUGGUCAUGCCCGUGAACCUGGCUUUGGUUCUGGGUACUUCGCUCUUCGCGCUGCCUCUUGCUCUUGCGGCGUUCCCCUCUCGCCAGGCGAUCAAUGUCAGUAGCCUCGAGGAGGAGUUCCAGGGUCGUGGCGGUGACCAGGGUAUGGUGGAGUUCAAUCGCGGAAUGUAA